CUUUUCACCAAUCGAUAUCGAUAGUAAUAAAAAAUGUUUCUAUGUACUCCUUAUGGCAGUAGCACUACCCCUUCAUAUACAUAUGUAUGUAUUUGGAAAUUUUAGUGGACUUUAGACCGUUCCGAUCAUUUUUCCUAAAUUAUUAUUUUUGAUUAUUUGCGAACAGGCUGAAAGUGGCAAAAACAGGAGAAAGAGAUGUUUGUUGCUCGACCAGGCUUCUACUAGUAAGAGAUCAAAAACAAGUGACGAGCCAUCUUCAACCGGUUUAACAACGAGUGGCAAUUCUGAAGAUGCCGUGGAUAUCGCCACUUUAAGCAAUACAAUAUUUAAAUACUUUAAAGUUAUUAAGCAUUUGAACAAAACUGACUUUCACCGCAAAAGAAAUGGCGUGGUAGCUGAAUGCCGCAUAUGUAAAAAGCAGCUGCAAGGUUCGACGCAAAUAACUUCGAACUUCAUUCGUCACUUACGAUUAAAACAUGUAGAAGUUUUUAAAGAAUAUAAAGAAACAAAAUUAGAGACACCACAAGCAAACGGCAGCAAACAAGAUGUUUUCAAUAAAUUAACUAUUUCCUAUAUUGCGGAUCUUAUGUUACCAGUAUCUGCUGUGGAGAAAAAAUCUUUUACGAAGUUGAUUGCGUGCUCAAAUCCAAAAUUAAAAUUAAUGAGUAGACCAACAGCAACAUCAUUAGUAAAUACCACAUACACAUCCAUGAUUGACAAGUUAAAAAUGGAAUUGAGUGAUUGUGAAUUUGUUUGCACUACAGCAGAUGUGUGGCCAACUAAGCACAGAAGUUUUUUCAUUACAUGUCAUUGGCUAGAUGACUCUCUCCAAAGAAAAUCUAUUGGCAUGUAAGAGAUUUUUCGGAUCACACGCAUUCGACCGUAUACAUGAUGCAAUAAUUGAAAUUCAUACUACUUACGGUCUCACACUAAAUAAAAUUGUUGCAACCGUUACUGAUAAUAGGUCAAAUUUCGUCAAAGCAUUUAAGGAAUUUGGUGUUAAUACACCUUUAAUGUUCCUCGACGCUAAUGGCAAUAACGACGUUGAAGAUUUAGAAGAGAUGCAAUUGGAAGACUUGUCCACCAAUUUUGGCGGAAAUACAUUGCCGCGACAUAUAAGAUGUGCCACUCACACCCUAAAUUUACUGGCUACUACUUAUGUGUUGAGGAUUUUGAAGACUGAUACCUCAUAUGAUAAACAUAACAAUGUAAUGAAAAAAUGCUCUGAUAUUUGGAACAAAAUAAACAGGCCGAAGACUUCUGAGAUCAUUGUUUCGGUGCUAGGCUCCCAAUUGCAAUAUCCCGUCGUAACGAGAUGGAAUUCCUUAUAUGAUUCCAUUAAAGGUUUAAUUUCUCACAAAGAAAAACUAAGCACUUUGUGUGAAAAGCUCGAAUUGACGAAGUUUCACGAGAGCGAUAUAAGGUAUUUGGAGGAGUAUUUGCAAUUGCUGCAACCAAUCGCAGAUGCUAUCCAGUUUUUGCAAAAAGACAACGGGAUGGUGUAUGGCUUUCUGUUACCUACGCUGGCAACAAUUAGAUCAAAAUAUAGGAAAAUGCAACUAACUCAGGCCAUGCAUUAUCUUCAGCGAGUAGCGAAUCUUUUGGAAGCAGACUUGGAAAAAAGGUUCCAUAAAUAUUUUUGUUUGGAGGAGGUUAAUGAUGCCAUUGUUGCCUCAGCGUUAUGUCCUGAGGUAAAACUGAGAUGGGUACGAUCCCUAAAUCCAGAAUUAACAAACGAAAAAGUUGCCGAGGUCAAUGAGUUGGUGAAGAGCAUUGUGGUGAGCGAAUUCAAUACAGAUACGGAGCGAGUCGAUAAUAGUGAAGAAACAAAUAGUCAAUUUUUCGACUUUUCUUUUAUAGAUGAGUCUACACAACAACUUGAACUAUCGCAAUCGUCUAUUGAAGGCGAGUUUAUAGCCUAUAUGGUUGAUAAGUCUCCGAAUAUAAUCAUCUUACACCGCUAUCCUACUAUUAAAAGGGCGUACAUUAAAUACAACGCACCUCUGCCUACCUCAGCCCCCGUAGAGAGACUAUUUUCGUUUGCCUCCUUACUUAAUGCACCACGUCGAGGACGUCUAUCAGAUGACUCAUUCGAAAAGCUGUUGCUUUUAAAAGUUAAUAAUUCACUAUAAGUUCCCUUUGUUUAUAUUUUGUUAAUAAUGCAUAUUGUUUUAUAAUAAAGUUGUUAUUAUAGAUCAUUAUAAGUAGUUUGUAUAAAUUUUGUUGCAAAUAGUUAGUGACUUCACUCAAAAAAUGAAGUCAGUAAGUGACUUCUCUAAAUGACUUCAAAGUCGUGACUUCAAAAUCGUGACUUCAAAAAGACUUCAGACUUCAUUUUUUCAUUCUUUAGUCAAAAAGCUAGUCAAUAAGUGUAUUCGAAAUUGGAGUCAUUGAACUCGACUUCAACUGAUUGCAUUCGCAUAUGAAUGCAUUCUUUUACAACCCUGGCAUAGAAGCAGCAAAGCAAAAUAUACUGUAUAGAGCUCUACUAUAAGAAGUGUGGGGCGCGACAUCAUCAAACACAUUUUCUUUGUAAUUCUUAGAUUUCCACCCAUAAUAAAACAAAAAAAAAAAACAAAUUAAAAAAACAUACAAAAACCGUUCCGUUAUUACUUAAUAUUUAACUUUCUAAUUUACAUUUGGU